AUGGGAUUAUUGAUCAAUUCACCAUCCUCUUCAUCCCGCCGGAGAACCACCAAAUCCACCGCAUCGGAGAGCGUAGAGCUCCUCUUCGUCGCGGAGGACUACGUCGGCCGCAUCGUCGGCUACGUGCUCGCCAAGAUGGAGGAGGACCCCUCCGAGCCCUGCCACGGCCACAUCACCUCCCUCGCGGUCCUCCGCUCCCACCGCAAGCUCGGGCUCGCCACCAAGCUCAUGUCCGUAGCGCAGGCAGCCAUGGACCAGGUCUUCGGCGCCGAGUACGUCUCCCUCCAUGUCCGCCAAUCCAACCGCGCUCCUUCCAGAUUAAAUCAAAGAUGA